AUGAAUAUGCAACCAAGCAGAAAGCAUCAACCUUAUGUUGUGAAUCGGAAAGAUAGCAAGGAGAGCAGAAACUAUGAGGAUAUUGGAAUGGUGUCCGGAUUUUGCCCUAACAGCACAAGAAAGUGUGCAUUGCAAUUACCAUUUGGUCGUGUCGGUACCUUAAAUGAACCCGUGCAUAAGAUGUCAGAAGGUAGCGAACGAAAUGAAUCGGAAGGGCUGGGUCGUAGUGUGUUGAAACAUUCGUCGAUGAAUCCGUCCGGUGCAACAUAA